CGUCAUUCACUCGAAGAUCGAGUGCAAGUCUGGAAUAUCCAAAUGUGUCUGCGAAUAUUUCACUAUUCCUAGUUUGUCCUUGUGCUCAGUUCAGUUAAUUGUUGACAAUGAUGUUAAAACAGUUCCGUUGGUAAAAAAGUCGCGUUUUCAAAUAGCUAUCAGUUUCCCAAAUAACGUUUAGCGAAAUUCGUGUAAAUCUUUAUCGCUCUGCUGAUGGACAAAUCAGUGAAAAGAAGAAGAAAGUAAGGGCCACUCCUGUUUCAUUGUGUUUUGUGAAUAUUGGAGCAUUUCUACAGCUCCUUGGUGCUUUUUGAUUUUGAUUACGUUAAACACUCAAACCGAGUGAGUUCAGAAAUAUUAUUGGAAGUGAGUUGAUAUCUUAAAUACAGCUAAAAUGAUGAAAAGUUUGUUCGGCAGAAAAAGUGCCAAAGAAAAUGAUCGAAACAAAAUCUCGGAGAUCGGCCUGCCCACGAAUGUGGUGCAUGGGAUACACGUCAGUAAGAAUAAGCUCACCGGUGAUUUGGAAGGUCUACCUAAAGCAUGGAUUCGACUUAUGGAUGCAUCUAUCACACACGAUGAGCAGAGUAAAAACCCAGAGGCAGCGUACCAGGCAGUCAAAUUUUACAACUAUUCGAUCAAAAAGAAGGAGCAAGCUGAGCCCUUCAAACCAUUCAUCACGGAAGAUGCAAUCAACGAAGAAACUGAAUCCAUUGAUCAAUUUUUGGAUAUGAAAAAUGCUCACAAAAGCGAGGAUUCGCUUGAAGCAAGCAGCGAGGAAAACUUUGCCGAGAUAACUCCACCUCCACCACCGCUCCCCAAAAAAGCAAUGACACUACCUCCGAAGCCACAAAUUAUGCCAAAACCCCGAAACUAUACCAAUAGUAAGCUAUAUAAGGGUGUUCAAAAUUUGAAUCUUAUGGAAAGCGGAAACAAGGCGACAAUGAUCAUUCUCGGUAACAAUAGCGCAUUGGAAGGCCACAAAAGUUCCUACGAUUUAAUUAACAAAGUUGAUUUCGAGGGAGAAAACGAACUUAUUUUAAGACCAAAAGAACAAAAUGCCAGGGUACCGAAAUCUGACGAUCAGGUUUAUAAUGAACUGAAACGAAUUUGCAACAUGAACGACCCUCUUGACCGGUAUGAAAAAACUGUUGAAGUAGGAAAAGGUGCCUCCGGAGUGGUGUUUAUUGCUCUCGAUCGACAAACUUACCAGAAGGUGGCAAUUAAGACUAUCGACAUGAAAAACCAAUCGUCCAAAGAAUCCAUCCUGAACGAAAUCAAUGUUCUCAAAGAUUUCAAUCAUAGAAAUUUAGUCAACUUUUUAGAAGCCUAUUAUUUGGAACCAGUGGAUCACCUGUGGGUUAUUCUAGAAUACAUGGAUGGUGGACCCCUAACGGAUGUUGUCACUGAAACAGUGAUGAAAGAUCGACAAAUUGCUGCUGUUUGCCGUGAAGUUCUGCAAGCUAUUAGUUUUCUUCAUUCAAAGGGCAUCAUCCACCGAGACAUCAAAUCAGACAACGUACUGCUCGGUAUGGAUGGUUCGGUGAAAGUAACAGAUUUUGGAUUUUGCGCCAACAUCGAAGGUGACGAGAAGCGGCAGACUAUGGUCGGUACACCGUACUGGAUGGCACCUGAAGUAGUAACACGUAAGCAGUACGGGAAGAAAGUUGAUAUUUGGUCGCUGGGUAUCAUGGCAAUUGAAAUGAUUGAAGGGCAGCCACCAUAUCUAAACCAAGCACCGUUACGAGCUCUUUAUCUGAUCGCUGCAAAUGGCCGUCCAGAUAUUAGGAGUUGGGACAAGUUAUCGGACAACCUUAAGGAUUUCCUCGACUGCUGUCUACAGGUGGAAGUCGAUCAACGGGCAUCUGGCGAUGAACUACUCCAGCAUCUCUUCCUACAGGACUGUAUGGAAUUGCGCACCUUGACUCCUCUCAUUAAAGCGGCAAGACGGUUAUUGAAGCGAGAAAAUUAACCACUAUUGCCGAAAAAAUGUCAACAGUGAAGAAACACGCGCGCCGGCAUGGCUGUGAAACUUAGUGCCUUAACUACCAACUUUUUUGUGUGGUGAAACGAGAGUCAUGUGAAGAACGGGAAAAAUGAUAAGGUUUCGACACAUUUCCCCACUUUGAUAACAGGUUCGACUUUGAGAGGCGAGCCAACCAACAUUAGCUGUACGAAGAAGCGUUCGCUGAUUGAAAAGGUGGAUUGUCGAUUGUAACGUCCAUUUUGUGACGAAAUGAGUCGUUCGUGGUAAUGGAAAUUUUGAAAUUAAGUGUAGGUAAAUCUAUGAAUCGAGUGAAAGAUGUCUCUCUGCAAGCAAGAACAGAAGCAAACUCAAUACCAUAAACUUUGAAUAGUCGAUUCAUUAUGAGACAUUCCUGAAUGAAAUUGGUUCUAAUUCAUUUACCAUUAUCUCUAAACGCACCAUAAAUGUUGUCAUCCAAUGGCUUUUGUAUAACGGCAAUUUGGAGUAUCUCCACAAAAUCUGUUGUCUGUCAACAUGCGGGAGCAUAAUAAUCUAACUUACGCAUCAUAAGUUUGAAAUUUGUUCUAUUUUGAUAAGUUAGUUAUAUUUGCAGUACCUAUAGGUUAAAUUCUUCAAUAUAACUUUUGUGUGAUUUAAAGAGAGCAGACAAAUGUAGAUACUAUGCAAUCGCGCUUACCUUCCAACAAGAGCCUCAUAAAUCGUUUUUAACAGGCAACACAAACAUUGUGUGAUUCACGUAUACUUUCCGUUAGAUGCCCUGAUAGCACGCUGAGCAUCGCUAAAUUCGUGCCAUAACAAAAGUGGAAAGAUGAACGUUACUUUCCCUUUCCUUUCGAUUAAGCAAAUUAGUCUGUACAACAUCAUCUUCGUUUUUUUCAUUCUCUUGUGCUGUGUUCUAUUCCGGUACAUGUUUCGUGUAUAUACACCGCACAUUAAGCUGUAAAGUGUGUGUAUAGGAAAUGCAGUCGAUGAUUUGAGGUUCGCGUGUAAACUUACAGUAACGAAAUAAUAACUUGAAGUGCGCUUACUGCCUUUAAGUGUGUUAUGCUUCAUCCACUUACGUAUACAGCUACAGUAAGAGGUUAAGAGAUUGGUUGGCAAAUAAUAAUAAAUAAGACACGGGAAAGCCGUAACUAACAAUUCCAUCGUUUACAACCGGGAACACAGCUCGCUGGCAAAGAUCCCCACUAUCGGGACGUAUCUACACACAUACAAAUGCAGAAGCAAAAAUACUAUCUAAGAAAUAUCACGCUUUGCCGGUCAAAGAGGUGUCACUUAAUUAUGAUAAAAUUAGUAUGACCUUACUCACCGCUGUGUAGGUGUAUGUUACCGACGAUCAUUUUGUUGAUAAGUGUCUAAACAGACCAGUGACUGAAUUUAUUGUUAUCUACAAAUCAAGGCUUCUGGUGGAAUAAUAUUCCCUAUCAGCACAGCAAAUAGACGUGCAUCUUAUGCGCUAAAGUUAUGUUUAAAAUUAACGGUCGAUUCAAAGGUAAUUUCGAUAUCAUCAUCAGGGGCCCUAUUCUCACAGUCACGCCACUUAGUGACUAGAAGGAAAUUUUCUUCUAGUUACUAGGUGACGUGACUGUGAGAAUAGGGCCUCAGGUGUGCUACUGAGUUUGGUUGGAUUGACAACUGAUCACAUACAGAUUUCUAAACAGCGACAUAAUCAUAAAGGAUGUCCUAUAUAAAAUUGUAUCACGGAAAAAACGCUGUAGAAAUUUACCUAGUGGACUUUCAGACAAUAAAAUUUAAACCACGAAUAAGCUUUUGGCACAUUUAUUUCCUUCAACUUCAAUACCAUAACCGAAUGCUUAACUCCACUCAUUAGGUUCUGUACAACAUCUGGCAGCAGCUUCUGUACAGAAACCCACUUUUUCUUUAUGUCUUCCUAAAAUUUGACCUCCUUGUAAUGGUUCCGUAGUGACUGCUUCAUAAUUGCUCAGUAUGUUUCGGUGGGCCUUAGUGCCGGUGCAUUUGUGGGGGGGGAGUUCAUUUCUAAAGUACGAAGUUGGCUUCGUACCACUCCAGGAUAACAUUUGAAUAGUGGCACGAAGCUAGAUCUAACCGAAAGAUCGUAGGGCCCUCGUGUUGCUUCAACAAAGGAAGAAAACGCUUAUGUAGCACUCCUUGAGGUAGACCUCCCCGUUUAUUGCCCCGGUAGUUACGAACGGCGCACUCCGUUUGCCACAUGAGUAAUUCGCUGAUCAAAUCAUGUAUUUAUUGGAAAACUUUGGAAGUUUCUGCUUUCUUACUUCUUUUAGGAACAUCCAACUUGUGCUGGGUGGUGAAGAACAGUAGCUCCGGAAGUACGCUUUGACUUAAGUCUCAUCAUCCAUGAUAAGACAAUGACGCUUCGUCAGCAUCUGGGGGUACAGUUUCCGGGUCCGUGACUUUCCCACUGUAUUUUGCUGUUCGUCACGAUUUGGAGCCUUCUGCAUUUUGUACGUAUAUAGUUACCUCCCGGUCCUUGGCUCUUUGAACGAAAGACUUGUACAGAUUGAACUUUUUGGCCACAUCCCUGCCGAAGCCUAAACGCUUUCACUACGCUCUUGUGAUUUAGAUCACUAACACAACAUCCAUUCUGACCGCAUUUUUCCUUCCGUUUGAAGCUCAGAGUUUGGUAGUAGCCGUUUAAUCCCACUAUUUCCAGGUGCUUGGGCAAAAUCAACUCGUCACGUUGCUUUUUGGGUGAAGCUAUUUUUUUUCAAUUUUAGAAAAACUGACAGCGAUACAGUGUAAACAAUACACGCUGAACUACUUCUACCCAUAUUUUCAAGAGAAAAUACCCAACGGGUUAUUUUCUACAUCGUUUUAUCCGUGAUGAAAUUUGAUGUGAGACACCCUUUACCACUAGUUGGUACCACAAACUAACAGACCCAACAAUAGAAAACAAUUAUUUGCCAAUAAUAACAGUCGUUUUAAAUAUAUUUUUAGUUGGGACUGUCGUCCGGGAGACAGACCACUAGUGAAAAAUUGUUCCUGAGCACUUGAAAACGAGUAUUUGGAACCGUGUAUAAAACGUAGAGCUAAUGUACUGGUAAAAUUAGCGGAACGAUAUUUUUGGAGGAGUUUCCUCAUAGUGUUAUGUCUGUUUGUGUUGGUGCUGUUUCUACGAAUUUCUCCCGAAAACCAUUCCCCAGAAACUAAAACAACGAAGUUUUUUCUCUAUAGAAAGAACUGUU